CAAAAGAGAAUUAGAAAAUGGUGUUCUGCAUGUCUGCUAAUGAUGACUUAGGAUUGCUGAUACUUACUGAACUUGUAGUGAAAGGUUUUUUUUCCUGUUUUAAGGGGAAAAGAUCUAUUUUAUCAAACUGUAGCCACAAAUAUUCAAGAUUAUUUUUCUGAUUGGAUGUUAUCUGAGCUGCCUAUGACUGUAUCUUUAGUGUCAGUCUUUAUGUUGGUCUUUUAGCUGAUGCAAUAUAAAGAAAUCAUAAACAAUGGAGUAUGUUUAUGUAAUUCAAAUAAAAUAGUGAUGCAGAUAAAAAUAGCUAAGUUCCAUUAACUUUUCAGACCAUAAUAGUGAAACACUUGUAAGUCGUAGGAUACGCUUGAAUGUCUGUAGUACCAAUUUAUCCCUCUGCUUAGUCAUUCAUUUCUAUUUAGAUCUUGGUGCUUCUGUGCAGCCUGUGAUUAGAUUGGCAGUUCUCAUUUAAACCCUAACUCAUUCAGUCUUGGUUAUCAAAUAGCUUAAAAGGCAAGAACAAACGCUGUUGUUUUUAAGAUGUACUGAUAUAUGAUUUGCAUCCUUACAUGUGGUAUAGGCUGGAUUUACCAGAGUAAAUGUUCUUUCAUCUGUAGUUUUCUUUGUAGGUAUUUUGUGUUUUGUUGUGUGGGUUCAGUACACAAUACUUUAAAUGUUAUAUUUGUUCCAAAUUCGCUGUUGUAGCGAAUCAGAGCGGAGCAGGAUGAGAAAGUAGCAUGUUUUGUAAAAGAGAAAAAUUUUACUUUACAACUCUAGGAAGUGGAGGAACCGGUACUCCCAAAAAUAUCCCUACCCAUCAGUACUGCAUCUCUGGCUCCAUUCAACUUUAGUUUUCUGACUAGCAGUACUGUGUCAUCGUCACCAAGCACUGUUUCAACAUCAGUGAUGAACAAGGUGAAUCUAUGUUGUAUGCUAUAAAUGCUUUCCUGUAUGAGUCUGUAUCUGCUCUUUUGCAAGUUAACUUCUGUGGUGCUCAUGAAAUUAACUGGUGUUAGUUCAUACUGAGUUGAGUAAGUCAGAGCUGUAUUGCAGUUUGGAGAGAAAAAUGCAGUUUUUUGAUUGUCAGUCUUAGACUUGCAAAUGUCUGGUUUGGUUUUGGAACUGUGGCAGAAAAUGAAGUUGCAUCAGCUUCUUUUGCAUUUAAGAAAUCAGAUGAGAAAAAGGACGAAACUCCUGCAUCAAAGAGAGGCUUCUCUUUUGGUAACGUGGAGUCGGCUCCUGCCUCGCAGUUUGUUUUGGGAAGGACAGAAGAGAAACAGGAUUCUGUCAGUUCUGCUCCUCCGUUACUGUUUGGGAAGAAAGUUGAGAAUGAAGAGUCAAAGGCACAACCUGUCUUUUCCGUUGGGCAGCCUGAACGUACCAAAGAAGAAAGCACAGCAAAACCUAUGUUCAACUUCAGCUUUGUUAAACCAUCGGAGAAAGAAACUGAGCAGGCAAAGCCAACUUUUUCAUUUGGGGCCCAAGCCAAUACUUCAGAUCAAGGAGCAGCAAAGCCAUCCUUCAGCUUCUUGAGCUCUAGUUCCUCCAGCGCAGCCGUACCUGCCACUUCAGCCAACAGCAGCAGCCUGUUUGGCAGCGUCACUUCUUCCUCCAACCCUGCACCAGUUCCCACUCCCUUUGUGUUUGGGCAAGCCAGCAACACUGUGAGCAGCACCGCUUUUGGCAAUUCUGCAGAAUCUACAGCAUCUCAGUCAUUUGGCUUCUCUCAAGAAAACAAACCCACCACCACAUCUUCCACCACUGGUGCAGCAGUUAAUCCAUUUGUCUUCGGUUCAGGAGCCAACAGUAGCAAUGCAGCAAGUUCUGGCUUUACCUUUGGAGCCACGGCCACAUCGAGUUCAACAGGGUCAUCCUCUACAUUUGUCUUUGGGUCUGGGUCUUCCGGCAAGCCCAACUCUCCUGCCUGCUGCCCUGGGACCCGGCCAUUUUAA